AUGGCUACUGCGCGGGCCGUUCUUCAGGUCUUUGAGGAGUACCAGAAGGCUCGCAUCAAAUUCGUGCAAACGGUUGCAGAACUAGCAGCAAAGCCUCAGAACAUAGAAGCGCUUGAGGCUGCAGGGCUGCUGGCCCUCCUGCGGCCCCUCCUUCUCGACAGCGUUCCUAGCAUCCAGCAGUCGGCGGCGCUCGCCCUGGGCCGCUUGGCUAACACAAACGAUGACCUGGCGGAAGCGGUCGUCAACAAUGACAUCCUCCCGCAGCUCGUGUAUUCUCUGACUGACCAGAACCGGUUCUACAAGAAGGCGGCAGCAUUCGUUCUGCGGGCGGUGGCAAAGCACAGCGCACCGCUCGCGCAAGCCGUCGUGGACAGUGGGGCGCUCGAUGCGCUGGUGGCAUGUCUAGAGGAGUUCGACCCUGGCGUGAAGGAGGCUGCCGCUUGGGCUUUGGGCUAUAUCGCCCGUCACAACGCAGAGCUCGCGCAAGCUGUGGUGGAUGCGGGGGCGGUGCCGCUUCUGGUGCUAUGCAUACAGGAGCCGGAGCUGUCGCUGAAGCGCGUCGCCGCGAGCUCCCUGGCUGACGUCAGCAAGCACUCCCCCGAGAUGGCGCAGGCGGUGGUGGACGCCGGGGCGGUGCCGUACGUGGCGGCGCUGAUCAUCAACCCGGACGGGAAACUGAAACGACAGAUCUGCGCGUGCCUGGCCCAGAUCGCGAAGCACAGUGUCGAUCUGGCGGAAGUGGUGGUUGAGGCUGACAUCUUCCCCAAGAUCCUCACGGCGCUCAAGGACGUGGACCUAGUGGUGCGCAAGCACGCCGCCACCGCAGUGCGCGAAGUCGCGAAGCACAGCCCCGAGCUCGCGCAGCUCAUCGUCAGCUGCGGCGGCGUGGGUGCGCUAGUAGACUACACGGCUAGCGCGGAAGGCAAUCAGCGGCUUCCGGGGAUCAUGGCGCUGGGUUACAUCGCGGCCUUUUCGGAGACGCUCGCGCUGGGAGUGAUUGCGUCGAAGGGGGUGCCGCCGCUCGUUGCGGGGCUGGCCGCGGACUCCGAAGACCACAUCCGCGCCGCGUCGGCCUGGUCGCUCGGGCAGGUGGGCCGCCACAGCCCCGACCACGCGAAGGCGCUCGCGGACGCGGGCGCGCUCGGCGCGCUCGUGGAGGGUUUCGCGGCCGCGGGCGGCUCCGAGGAUCUGACGACCAAGUGUAAACGCGCGCUCAAGCAGAUCAUCGAACGGCUGACGUACCUGCCCGCGCUGGACAGCUUGCUGCUGGACCCGCACAUACCAGAGGGCGUGGUCAAGUACGUUCUCCACCAAGUGAGCAAGGUGCUGCCCAACGAUCCGGACGGCCGGACGCGCUUCGUGACGUCCGGCGGAUUCGCCAAGGUGCAGCAGCUGCAGGCGCCCAGCGGGUCCAAGGUCAAGGACUACGUGGACGCCAUCAAUAGCUUAUACCCCGAGGAGAUCGUACGCUAUUACUCGCCGGGCUACUCACAACAGCUGUUGGAGAAGCUACAGAACAUGAGCUAA